UCCGCCCAGCGCCUGCUGCGCGCCGCCGCCACUGAGGCCGGAGCUGCCGCCGCCGCCGCCCAGGCCCAGGCCUAGGCCCAGGUCGGAGCCGCCCGCCCGCCGCGACCUGCGGCCCGGCCCCGCGCCCCGCCAUGUCGGCCCAGGCCCAGAUGCGGGCCCUGCUGGACCAGCUCAUGGGCACGGCCCGGGACGGUUCAGUGUAUCUUUGCCUGCCUACAUCAAUCUGCAAGGGAGUUGCAGAAAAGCCUCAUGUUCAUCGAGCCGAGAUGAAACCAGACAAAGGGUGAAGUUUACAGACGAUCGCGUUUGCAAGAGCCACCUUCUGGAUUGCUGUCCUCAUGAUAUCCUGGCUGGAACACGAAUGGACCUGGGAGAAUGUACAAAGAUCCAUGACUUGGCACUGCGAGCAGAUUAUGAGAUUGCAAGUAAAGAGAGAGACCUGUUUUUUGAGCUGGAUGCGAUGGAUCACCUGGAAUCCUUCAUCGCAGAGUGUGAUAGGAGAACAGAACUGGCCAAGAAACGCCUGGCUGAGACACAGGAAGAGAUCAGUGCUGAAGUGUCUGCAAAGGCAGAGAAAGUGCAUGAGCUGAAUGAAGACAUUGGAAAGCUCCUAGCUAAAGCUGAACAGCUGGGAGCUGAAGGAAAUGUUGAUGAGUCUCAAAAGAUCCUGAUGGAAGUGGAGAAAGUCCGAGCAAAAAAGAAAGAGGCAGAGGAAGAAUACCGAAAUUCAAUGCCUGCAUCCAGUUUCCAGCAGCAGAAGCUGCGUGUGUGUGAAGUCUGUUCAGCAUAUCUUGGUCUCCAUGACAACGACCGGCGUCUUGCUGACCACUUUGGAGGCAAAUUACACUUGGGUUUCAUUCAGAUUCGUGAGAAACUGGACCAGCUGAGGAAAACAGUGGCAGAAAAGCAAGAGAAGAGAAACCAGGAUCGUUUGAGACGGAGAGAGGAGAGAGAACGAGAGGAGAGAAUGGGCAGACGGUCUGGAUCAAGAAACAGAGAUCGCCGAAGAUCACGGUCUCGGGACAGGAGGCGAAGACGCUCGAGAUCAGCUUCCCGUGAACGGCGGAAGUCUCGCUCCCGGUCCCGAGAACGACACAGACGCCACCGGAGCCGUUCCCGCAGCCACAGCAGAGGUCACCGACGGGGGUCCAGAGAUAGGAGUUCAAAACACAAAUCUUCUAGAGAUCGAUCUUCAAGAGAAAAGUCACGAGACAGAGAGAGAAAAGAGAAGAGCUCUUCUGAGAGGCGGCACGAGAGCACAAAUGGCAAAUCUCGUUCCAAGAGAUCAGAAGAGAGAGAAGCUGGCGAGAUCUGAACUCACAUGAUCUGUGUUGCACUGUAAAUAGUCUGAUAAACAUUCUACACAAAGCCUAAAUUUCCCAUUUAUAUUUACUGAAUACAACUCAUCUUUUGUAGUUUGGAAUUUUUAUUGUUUGGCAGAUAGCUGUGAGUUUGUAGAGACACAGAGUUACGUACUGUUUAACAGGAUUUUGUUUUAGUAGGAAUAAAUAAAUCUGGAUGGAUUGUUCUCAA